UUCGAUGCCGGCGUUAAGAGUGUUAUCGGCGUUAGACGCGGCGAGGAUACAGUGGUACCAUUUCAAGGCGAUAAUAGUCGCCGGAAUGGGUCUCUUCACCGACGCAUACGACCUCUUCUGUAUAGCUCCGGUAAUGAAAAUGAUAAGCCAAAUCUAUUACCACAAAGACUCAAUCGGAACCGCCGUUCUCUCCACCUCUUACGCCAUCGCUCUCCUCGGCACCGCCUUGGGUCAGCUUCUCUUCGGCUACUUAGGCGACCGUGUCGGACGCCGGAGAGUCUACGGUCUCUGUCUUCUCAUCAUGGUUCUUAGCUCCUUCGGCUGCGGUUUCUCCGUCUGCACCACUCGCCGAUCUUGCGUCAUGGCCAGUCUCGGCUUCUUCCGAUUCGUCCUCGGCCUCGGAAUCGGAGGCGAUUACCCUCUCUCCGCCACUAUUAUGUCGGAAUUCGCUAAUAAAAGGACGCGUGGCGCUUUUAUCGCCGCCGUGUUCUCGAUGCAGGGUCUUGGGAUUCUCACUAGCUCCGCCGUGACUAUGGCUGUGUGCGUUGCGUUUAAAAACGCCGCCGCCGGGUCGGAGGGUUCGACGAAAGCGGCGGGGGUGGAGACUUCGGCUCCGGCGGAGUCCGAUGUUGCGUGGAGGUUGAUUCUGAUGAUCGGUGCUCUUCCCGCCGCGUUAACUUACUACUGGCGGAUGCUUAUGCCUGAAACCGCCAGAUACACAGCACUUGUAGAGAACAAUGUAGUUCAAGCAGCAAAAGACAUGCAAAGAGUUAUGUCUGUAUCCAUAUCUCAAGUCGCCGAAGACUCAUCAUCGGAAAGUACACACCAACGACAACUACCUUCUUCCUCCUCCUACAAACUCUUCUCUCGCCGUUUCCUCAGCCUCCACGGCCGUGACCUCUUUGCAGCCUCAGCCAAUUGGUUCCUUGUGGACGUCGUCUUCUACACAAGCAACCUCCUCCUCUCUCAAAUCUUCAAUUUCUCCAACAAACCUCUCAAAUCCACAAACGUCUACGACUCUGCCUUCGAAGUAGCUAAGCUAGCAGCCAUUGUAGCCGCUUGCUCCACCAUCCCCGGUUACUGGUUCACCGUCUACUUCAUCGAUAGAAUCGGGCGAGUCAAGAUUCAGAUAAUGGGGUUUUUCUUUAUGGCCAUUGUUUACUUAGUCGCUGGGAUUCCGUAUAGUUGGUAUUGGUCAAAGCACGAGAAGACUAACAAAGGCUUUAUGGUUCUCUACGGUUUGAUUUUCUUCUUUAGCAACUUUGGUCCCAACACGACGACGUUUAUCAUCCCUGCGGAGCUUUUUCCGGCUAGGUUUAGGUCCACGUGUCACGGGAUAUCUGGAGCUGCAGGGAAGUUUGGGGCGAUUGUUGGGACUGUUGGUUUCUUGUGGGCCACGAAACACGACGAAGCCCACAAAGAGGACGUUUUUCCGGACGUGAAACGCGUGAGAAUCGCGUUUUUGAUUCUUGGUGGCGUUUGUAUCGCUGGAAUGUUCGUGACGUAUUUCUUCACGCGUGAAACUAUGGGAAGGUCGUUAGAAGAGAACGAAGAGGACGAGAUUGGUUCAACGUCUACAGGAUCACCUUCUGCGAAUGAUUUGCUUCGAAGACAAUAG